AUGUCAAUGACAAAAAAUAAAUUGUAUAUUUUCUUAUCAUUUGCUACAACAUUGGCAAGUUUUGUAAUUCUUCGAAAUUAUUUUCAACAUCGAAAAAAGAAAAAGCAAGAUGAAGAACAAAAAAAAGAAUAUUUAAAAUGUAAAUCAUUAUUUGAUAUUGAAGAAUUAGCUAAAAAAUUAAUGAAAACACAUCGAUUUUAUUAUUAUGAUUAUAAAGCUGGUCAAGGUCAUACCUAUCAAGCAUCGAGAGAUUAUUUUGAUAAACAAUUGAAUAUUAUUCCACGAGUAUUGAUUGAUGUUACUCAAAUUUCAUUAAAAACAAAUAUAUUUGGAUCGACAUAUGAAUCACCAAUAAUAAUAGCUCCAUCAACAUUUCACUGUCUUGCUCACAUUGAUGGUGAAGUUGCAACAGCUCGUGGUGCAACUGAAGCUGAAUGUAUUUAUACAUAUAAUUGGAUGUAUUCAACUAUGCCCGAAGAGAAAGUUUUACAAACAACAGGUCCAAAAUUUUUACACAUUUAUUUAACAACACCAACUGAAAUUUUAGAAAAAAUUGUUUCACAAGCUGAAAAAAAUGGAUAUCGAUCAAUUAUUGUUACAUGUGAUCAUCCAACAGAUCGUGUUCGAGAUAAUGUUUUACCAUUGUUUGAAGAAGCAUCUAAAACUAUUGAUCCAGAAUUAAUGAAAAGUAUGCCUAUGGCCAAUAUGAAUUUAUCUAAUAUAAUUGUUAAGCAAAAUUUUAAAACCGGUUCAAUAACAUGGACAAAUAUUGAAUUAUUAAAAAAAUUAACUAAAUUACCAAUUAUUUGCAAAGGUAUACUUUCAACAAUUGAUGCACAAUUAGCAAUUCAACAUGGAGCAGAUGGAAUUCUUGUUAGUAAUCAUGGUGGACGACAAGUUGAUACUGCACCUCCAGCUAUUCAAUGUCUACAGGAUAUUGUUAAGGUUGUUAAUGGACGUGCACAAGGUAAAUUUUUGUUCAUGCAGAUGUAUCUUUAUAUAAGGCAGCAUAUAGAUAAAUAUAUGUUUACAUAUGUAUACGAUUUAAGACAACGUUAUAAUUGUUAACUAUAGAAACUUAUUGUUUAGAAUUCAAUAUUGUUAAUAGCAUUAUUUCAGAAUGAGACUUGAUUACUCGCCUUGUUAUAUUCAGUGUUACGUCAAUGUUUAUAAGUGUAUGCUUUGUUUAGUAUUGCGGCACUACUAUUCAUUUCAUAAAUCGAUAGUUACAAUCAUACAGACCAGCGAUUUUCACCAUUCAAGAGAGAAGAUACGGAGUCAUCGAUCUGUAUCGAAAUUUGAUUGAUCAACAAUUGACAAAUUAGAUGAGUUCUUGGUGGAGAUGUUCAAAAACGAUAUUGUUCUGUGAAGAGUUAUAAGACUUCUAGAGAUGUUCGAUUUUAGCCAAUUGAUCAAGCAUCACUCGAAAAAGUAGAUAGACAGAUGUAACACAUGAUGGUGAAUCACGUAGUGAUAUUUGUUUUUAGGUUCAAACAGAUUUAACACGGUCAUCGCAAUAUAAUUGGAGAAUUUCAGAAAAAUUGAGAUAACGGUGUCAGAUCAUUGUGAACCUAAAACCAAAUAUUACCAUUGCAAAUUGCACUCAACAUGGCAAACUAGCCCUGCCUAGAUGCUUUUCUAGGUGGAUGGUGAUCCCUGGUCCAUUGGCUGAAAUCGGAGAUCUCAGCAAAAGUCUUAUAACUCUUGAAUGGAACAAGUUAAGGAUAUCGGCAUUGUGUAGAUAGAAAUAUCGAUAAGUCUCAUUAAAAGUCUAAAUUGAAAGGAAAAUAGCAUAGAAUAUUGUUUUUGAUAAUUGCCAUCAAGAGCUCACAUAAUUGGUCGAUUACUGAUCAAUCGAAUUUCAAUAUAGUUCGAUGACCGCGUAUCUUCUCUCUUGAAUGGCGAAAACUACAGGUCUCUAUGAUGUUUCUACCAAAAGUAAUUAAAGAAAACAGUAAAGUACAUUAUUUUAUGAAAUAGAUAGUAAAUUAGUCCUAUUUAAGUAUAAAA